AUGAAUAUGGUACAUUCAAGUAUUCAAUUAACUGAUUUACCCGAUGAAAUUCUUAUGAUUAUUUUAAAAAAACUCUAUGGUGUUGAAAUAUUCUACUCGUUAAUAGGAGUUAAUAAACGAUUAAAUAAAAUUAUAUAUGAUUCAAUUUUUACUCGUGUGCUAACGUUGUUAGAUUAUCGCUUGGAUGGUUCGAUUUGUUCAUUACGUUAUCCAAUGCUUGAUCGAUUUUGUUUACAAAUUUUACCUAAAAUUCAUCAUAAAAUCGAAGAACUUAAUCUUGAAGCAUUAUCAAUGACACGUAUUCUUCUUGCCACAAAUUAUCCUAAUUUACAUGGGCUUAGUUUAUAUGAUCUUGAUAUAGAAAGAGCUAAAUAUCUCUUUACUGAUAAAACUUUAUUUCUUAGAUUCAGAAAUCAGAUUACAUCACUUAUUAUCGAUUUUACUAAGAGCAAUGAACGAGAUAAAGGACCAAUUAUUAGACUUAUAUUUACACUUAUUUAUGAUAUAUUUUCCAAUUUACAAUGUUUAAAUUUUGGUCCAUCAUUAAGUCUAUGUCAAAAAUUAUCAUUUGCCCGUUCACCUCCAACUGUUUUCCCUUCUACUCUAUUAGAAUUACAU